AUGGCAGACAAACGCGAAGCUCCGGAGUCGCAUGCCACCGAGCAGACACAACAAGGGUCCGUGGAACUCGUCAAUGCUUCGGGUCACGCCCAGGAACUGUCCCGAAACUUCAGUCUGGUAUCUCUGGCGGGCGUCGGGCUUGUUGUUGGCAAUGUCUGGCCGGCUAUAGGAGGCUCUAUCCUGGUUGCCAUCUUCAACGGUGGCCCGCCGGGCGUGCUCUACGAGUUCAUCACCGUGUCCGUGUUCUACUGGAUCGUUGCGGCCUCGGUGGCGGAACUGGCAUCUGCAAUCCCCUCGUCCGCAGGUGUCUACCACUGGGCAACUAUCACGCCAGGCAAACGAUGGGGUCGAAUGGUGGGGUUCUUUGCUGGGUACUGGAACUGUUUUGCCUGGAUUCUCGGGGCCGCGUCCAUGACCUUUAUAUUCUCUAACACCGUGGUGCAAAUGUACGCUUUGAAGCAUGCGGAUUUCGUCUCGAAGCCAUGGCACGUCUUCGUCACAUACAUUAUUGUGACGUGGGUGGCCUGUGCAAUCGUCUGCUUCUGCAAUUCGGCCAUGCCGCGUCUCAACGAGAUUGGCAUCUUCUUCAUCCUUGCCGGCUUCUUGAUAACGCUCGUUGUGGUGACAGUGAUGCCUGGAAUGGACGGGCGACCAGGACAUGCAUCGUCAUCAUUUGUCUGGACCGAAUGGACAGCCGACAUUGGAUAUCCCGACGGAUUCGUCUUUGUGGCCGGCAUGCUGAACGGCGCCUUUUCCGUCGGCACUCCAGACACCACCAGUCAUCUUGCCGAAGAGAUCCCCUACCCGCAGCGAAACGUGCCCAUUGCCAUUCUAUGCCAGAUGAGCAUCGGCUUCAUCACGGGCUUGGCCUAUCUUGUCGCCAUCCUCUAUGCGAUCAACGACUACGACGCCCUCUUCACGUCGCCGUACCCGAUCGCCGAGAUCUACCGCCAAGCGACGGGAUCUGCCAACGGUGCGAUCGGUCUGCUCACGCUCGUUCUCAUCUGUAUCGGCAUCUGUGUCUGCGGACUGUACAUCACGUCGGGCCGCACUUUAUGGGCUCUGGCACGAGACGGAGCUACACCUUUUCCCAAAGUGCUCGGCCAAGUCUCGCAUAAGCUAGAGAUGCCAUUCAAUGCGACCGUGACGGUGGCAGUCUUGGUCACGGUUCUGGGUGCUAUCUACGUCGGAUCCACGACCGCAUUCAACGCCUUUGUCGGGUCGUUUGUCCUCAUGUCCAGUUCGUCAUAUGUUGCGGCUAUCCUCCCGCAUCUUCUGACGCGGAGACGUAACAUCGAGGUCUAUGGUCCAUUCAGGCUCAAGGGCGCUCUGGGAUUCGUGUUCAACGCCAUCUCCUGCGCGUACCUGAUGGUCUGGUUUGUCAUCUACUGCUUCCCCUUUGCCCUGCCGACCAAUGCCCAGAGCAUGAAUUAUGCUUGUCUGAUCUGGGGUGGUUGCACUGUUUUUGUCGCCCUGUGGUGGCUGUUUGUUGCGCGACAUGGCUACGAGGGUCCGCCGGCCGUGAUGGGAGGCCAGGUGACUGUGGCGGAUACAUUAAAGCCCGUGCACGGGGCGUCUCGAAAAGGCAGUAUGGCGUCUAUGGCAUGGUCACAACGACACCAUGGUCGAAACAGCAGCGUGAAUCGAAACAACAGCACGAUUGAAACGGCAACAUGA